GUGGCGAUGCCCCGGGGCACGUGGGGGCCGGGCCCGGCGCUCGGGGCGCUGCUGGCGCUGGCACUGGCGCUGAGCCGCGGGGACCCCGCUGCUGCCUUACAAUGUCUGGAUAUUUCUAAGCCUUGUGUCAAUGAGGGAAAGUGCUUCUCAUAUCCCAAUGGCACUGGAUUUUGCAGAUGUCCAGAAGGUUUUCUUGGAGACUAUUGUCAGCACAGAAACCCCUGUGAAAGCGGUACCUGUCAGAAUGGAGGAACAUGUGAAACCACGUCUGUGAUAGGAAAGGCCACUUGCAAAUGUGCUCCAGGGUUCAGAGGCGAGGACUGCAGAUAUUCCGAUUCUCACAUCUGCUUUGUGUCACACCCCUGCUUAAAUGGAGGAACCUGCCAGCUGCUUGGCCCAGAUGCAUAUGAAUGUGUCUGUAGGCCAGGUUACACAGGAAAGAACUGUCAGUGGAUUGAUGCUUGUAUGUCUCAGCCGUGUGCCAAUGGAAGUACUUGCAUCGCAUCUGGGGAGAGAUUUUCCUGUACAUGCCCAUCUGGUUACACUGGACAAAAAUGUGAAGUUGAUGUGAAUGAAUGUAUCACACCAGGACAAUGCCAGCAUGGUGGAACCUGUCUCAAUGUGCCUGGCUCCUAUCGAUGUCAGUGCAAGCCAGGCUUUACUGGCCACCGCUGUGAAAGCACAUAUGUGCCAUGUUCACCUUCACCGUGUAUGAAUGGAGGGACAUGUCAUCAAACCGGUGAUUUCGUCUAUGAGUGCAACUGUCUGCCAGGCUUUGAAGGAGAUACCUGUGAGCACAACAUUGAUGACUGCCCAAACCACAAAUGCCAGAAUGGUGGUGUAUGCGUGGAUGGUGUAAACACUUACAACUGCCGCUGCCCUCCACAGUGGACAGGUCAAUUCUGUACUGAGGAUGUGGAUGAAUGUCAGCUGCAGCCCAAUGCCUGUCAAAAUGGAGGUACCUGCACCAACCACAAUGGCGGCUAUGCCUGUGUCUGUGUCAAUGGCUGGAGUGGGGAUGAUUGCAGUAAGAAUAUUGAUGACUGUCUUACGGCUUCCUGUGCCAAUGGAUCUACUUGCAUUGAUCGUGUGGCUUCAUUUGCAUGCAUCUGUCCAGAAGGAAAGGCAGGCCUCCUGUGUCAUCUGGAUGAUGCAUGUGUUAGCAACCCCUGCCAGAAGGGGGCUCUAUGUGAUACCAACCCUAUGAAUGGACACUAUAUCUGCACUUGUCCCCAAGGCUACAAAGGAGCAGACUGUACUGAAGAUGUAGAUGAGUGUGCUAUGGCAAACAGCAAUCCGUGUGAACAUGCUGGAAAAUGUGUGAAUACUGAAGGCUCCUUCCACUGUGAGUGUCUGAAGGGAUACACAGGACCACGCUGUGAAAUGGACAUUAAUGAGUGUCAUUCCAAUCCAUGUCAAAAUGAUGCCACUUGCCUGGAUAAAAUUGGGGGAUUCACAUGUCUGUGUAUGCCAGGGUUUAAAGGCAUGCACUGUGAACUGGAGAUCAAUGAAUGCCUUAGUAGUCCCUGUGUGAACAAUGGAGAGUGUCAGGAUAAGGUCAAUCACUUUCUGUGCAAAUGCCCACCUGGUUUUACUGGAGCCGUGUGCCAGAUUGACAUUGAUGACUGCUCCAGCACACCUUGCCUAAAUGGAGCAAAGUGCAUUGAUCAUCCCAAUGGCUAUGAGUGCCAGUGUGCCACAGGUUUUACUGGCAUCUUGUGUGAGGAAAAUAUAAAUAAUUGUGAUCCUGACCCUUGCCACCAUGGUAAAUGCCAAGAUGGUAUUGAUUCAUACACAUGUGUCUGCAAUCCUGGAUACAUGGGUGCCAUUUGUAGUGAACAGAUUGAUGAAUGCUACAGCAACCCGUGCCUUAAUCAAGGACGCUGCAUUGACUUGGUGAAUGGUUACCAAUGCAACUGUUUACCAGGCACAUCAGGAGUGAACUGCGAGAAUAACUUUGAUGACUGUGCAAAUAAACCCUGCAUUCAUGGGACCUGUAUAGAUGGCAUUAACCAGUACAGUUGCAUUUGCAACCCAGGAGUUACCGGUCCAAGAUGUAAUACUGAUAUUGAUGAAUGUAUCUCUGGUCCCUGUCACAAUGGUGGAACAUGUGUCAAUGAAAUGAAUGGAUUUCGAUGUAUAUGUCCUGAAGGCUACCAUCACCCCACCUGUCACUCACAGACAGAUGAAUGUCUUAAUAGUCCUUGUGUGCAUGGCAACUGCACACAUGAUGUCAACGGGUAUGUGUGUCUCUGUGACCCAGGUUGGACUGGAAUGGACUGUGAAGUAGAGGAAAAUGAGUGUAGGUCAAAUCCGUGCCAGAAUGGAGGAACCUGUGACAAUCUGGUGAAUGGAUAUAGAUGCACCUGCAGGAGAGGAUUCAAAGGUGUGAACUGCCAGAUAGUGCAGGCUCCUUGCUCCCCUGAUCCUUGUGAGAAUUCUGGAAUCUGCCAAGAAUCAUCCGGCUCUGAUGGAUAUAUCUGUCUGUGUGCUCCUGGCUGGGAAGGAGAGAGAUGUACGGUGGAUAUUGAUGAGUGCGUGUCAAAGCCCUGCAGGAAUCAUGCUGUCUGCCACAACAUUCAAGGCAGCUACCUGUGUGAAUGCAACCCAGGCUUCACUGGGGGAGACUGCGAAAGCAACAUUGAUGACUGCCUUUCAAACCCCUGCCAGAAUGGAGCUUCAUGUGUGGAUGGGGUGAACUCUUUCUCAUGCAUCUGUCUGCCUGGGUUCCAAGGGGAGCAGUGUCAGACAGAUACCAAUGAGUGUCUGAGUGAACCAUGCAAGAAUGGAGGCACCUGCUCUGACUAUGUCAACAGCUACACAUGCAAGUGCCCAGCAGGAUUUGAGGGGACCAAUUGUGAGAACAACAUCAAUGAAUGCACUGAGAGUUCGUGUUUCAAUGGAGCCACUUGUGUGGAUGGGAUCAACUCCUUUACAUGCCAGUGCCCGGUUGGGUUCACGGGAACCUUUUGUCUCAUGGAAAUUAAUGAAUGUGAUUCACAUCCUUGCUUGAACAGAGGGACUUGUGUGGAUAGCCUGGGGACCUAUAAUUGUGUUUGUCCCAUGGGUUACACUGGAAAGAACUGUCAGAUACUUGUGGAUCUGUGUAGCAAGUUUCCCUGUAAGAACAAAGGUACAUGUGUCCAGCAGAAUACUCACUUUCAUUGCAACUGUUCCCCUGGUUGGAGUGGUGCCUACUGUGAUGUUCCCAAUGUCUCCUGCCAAGUGGCUGCUUCACAGAGGGGGGUCCCUGUAGACCAGUUGUGUCAGCACUCUGGCAAUUGCCUUAACGUUGGAAACAGCCACCGUUGCCAAUGCCGGACAGGCUACACUGGUAGCUAUUGUGAAGAGCAGGUGGAUGAAUGCAUCUCCAGUCCUUGUCAGAAUGGCGCCACCUGCAGGGACUAUCUUGGAGGAUAUAACUGUGAGUGUGUGCCAGGGUACCAGGGUGUCAACUGUGAGUAUGAAGUGAAUGAGUGUCAGUUCCAGCCCUGCCAAAAUGGAGGAACCUGCAUUGAUCUCAUCAAUCACUUCAAAUGCUCCUGUCCACCAGGAACUCGGGGCCUUCUUUGUGAGGAGAACAUUGAUGACUGCAUGCCAGAUUCAGGAGGGCCUCGCUGCCUUAAUGGAGGACAGUGCAUAGACCAAAUUGGGGGCCACAGCUGUCUUUGUCCUUCAGGCUUCGGAGGCAAGCAGUGUGAGGGGGACAUUAAUGAAUGCCUCUCCAACCCUUGUAGCCCUCGUGGUAGCCGAGACUGUGUUCAGCUGGUUAAUAAUUAUACAUGUAUCUGCCGCAGUGCCUUUACUGGCCGUCACUGUGAAACUGUGAUAGAUGUGUGUCCUCAGAAGCCUUGUCAGAAUGGAGGUACUUGUGCUGUUGCCAGUAAUAUGCCUGAUGGAUUCAUCUGCCAGUGUCCUCCAGGUUAUUCUGGGUCUAAAUGUGAAUUCAGCAAUACUUGUGGGCAAAUGAGGUGCAAGAAAGGGGAACUGUGCAUCCAGACAUCCUCAGGGCCCCGUUGUUACUGUCCAGAGCUCUUGGUGGGUGAGGAGUGCCAGGCUACUGCGGGCUGUACCAGUGCACCCUGCCAGAAUGGGGGAAGUUGCCAUCCUAGGCCUCAGGCUCCUUAUUAUUACUGCCAGUGUCCCAGUUACACUGAAGGCAGCCAAUGUGAGCAUUCAGUACACCCCAGCCGAGAACCUGAAGGGUGUCUGGGUCAACACUGCAUGGAAAGAGCAAAAGACGGCUACUGUGAUGAAGACUGCAACACGCACGCGUGCCAGUGGGAUGGAGGGGACUGUUCGCUGAUGAUAGAAGAUCCCUGGGCCAACUGUUCUUCGUCACUGCGCUGCUGGGAGCAUUUCAAUGGCUUGUGCGAUGAGGCCUGUAAUACACCUGAGUGCUUGUUUGACAACUUUGAGUGUCAGCAGAACCCUAAGACGUGCAAGUAUGGUAAAUAUUGUGAGGAUCACUAUGCGAAUGGCCUCUGUGACAAAGGAUGUAACAAUGAGGAGUGUGGUUGGGAUGGUCUGGACUGUGCUGGUGACAAAGCUGAGAAGCUGGCAGAAGGUACCCUUAUAAUUGUGGUGCUAAUGCCCCCUGACCAGCUGCUUUCAGAUGUCCAUAGCUUCCUAUGGACUCUAGGAACCCUUCUACACACCAACCUGAGAAUAAAACGGGAUUCCCAGGGAGAGUUGAUGGUAUACCCAUACUAUGGAGAGAAGUCAGCACUACGGAGCCGGCGAUCCCUGUUGGUCAUUCGUAAGGCCAGAGAGCUUGAACAAGAGGCCAUUGGCACAAAGGUGUUCCUGGAAAUUGACAAUCGACAGUGCGCUGAAGAGUCAGACCAGUGCUUUAAAAAUACAGAAGCUGCAGCAGCUCUUUUAGCAGCUCAGGCCAUUAAGGGCAUGGUGCCUUAUCCUUUUGUGUCGGUUGAAAGUGAACGCAUAUCACAAGGGAAGACGCAGAUGCUUUACCUGCUUGCUGUGGUAGCUUUGGUCGGCCUUAUAAUCCUUCUUUUGGGUGUGAUGAUGGCAAAGCGAAAACGGAAGCAUGGCUCCCUCUGGCUCCCUGAGGGCUUUAUUUUGCACAGAGACUCCAGUAACCACAAACGGAGAGAACCAGUCGGGGAAGACGCAGUUGGAUUGAAAAAUCUGUCAGUACAAGUUUCUGACGGCAAUCUGGCAGACUAUACUGCAGGGGAACAUUGGUCAGGUGACAGGGGACCUCAGCCAAAGAGAGCUAAGUCCGAAGAUGAAGCAUUGCUCCCAGAAGCAGAUGAGCAGGUAGAUCAAUGCCAAUGGACACAACAACACCUCAGGGCAGCUGACAUAGAUGGGACCACAUCCCUUGCUCUUACACCACCUCAGGCAGAUCAAGAAGUAGAUGUCUUGGACGUCAAUGUUAGAGGACCAGAUGGGUGCACCCCACUCAUGUUGGCAUCUCUGCGUGUGGGCAGCUCCGACAUUAGUGAUGAAGAUGAAGAUGGGGAGGAUUCCUCAGCAAAUAUAAUAACAGACCUGAUCUAUCAAGGGGCUAACUUGCAAGCUCAAACAGACCGCACUGGGGAGAUGGCACUGCACUUAGCAGCCCGCUAUUCAAGAGCAGAUGCAGCAAAACGCUUGUUGGAUGCUGGUGCUGAUGCUAACGCCCGAGACAACAUGGGGAGGACUCCUCUUCAUGCAGCUGUGGCAGCUGAUGCACAGGGUGUCUUCCAGAUCUUGAUCCGGAACAGAGUAACAGACCUGGAUGCUCGCAUGAAUGAUGGAACAACCCCGUUAAUUCUGGCAGCUCGUUUGGCUGUGGAGGGAAUGGUGGCUGAGCUGAUCAACUGCCAGGCAGAUGUCAACGCAGUGGAUGACCACGGUAAAUCUGCUCUUCAUUGGGCUGCAGCUGUUAACAAUGUGGAGGCAACAUUAGUGUUGCUGAAAAAUGGAGCCAACCGAGACAUGCAGGACAACAAGGAGGAGACACCACUCUUCCUGGCAGCUCGGGAAGGGAGUUUUGAAGCAGCUAAAAUUCUGUUGGACCAUUUUGCUAAUCGGGACAUCACAGACCACAUGGACCGUCUCCCCCGUGAUGUGGCGCAGGACCGCAUGCACCAUGACAUCGUGCAGCUUCUCAAUGAGUACAAUGUGGCCCACAGCCCAUCUGGGCACCCUGGCACCAUGCUAAACUCUGCCCUCUCCCCAGUGAUUUGUGGCCCCAAUAGAUCCUUCCUCAAUUUGAAACAUGCUUCUCUAAGCAAGAAGUCAAGGAAACCAAAUGCCAAGGGUGUGAUGGCCCCAAAUCUUGCCAAAGAAGCGAAGAGGAGAAGGAAGAAAUCUCUGACUGAGAGCAAGGGUCAGUUUUCUGAGAGCUCAGUGACCCUCUCACCAGUCGACUCCCUGGAAUCUCCCCACGCUUUUGCAUCUGAACAAACGUCCUCCCCUGUGAUGCCGUCCCCAGGGAUUCUGCAUUCCUCACCCAGCUCACUGCUUACGACCUCAGUCGUGCAGGCUGCACACCCCAUGUCCUUCUCCAGUCUCCAUGAGAUGCAGCCACUGGGGCAGGGGUCUAACACCGUGCUUCCAUCUGUCAGCCAGCUGCUUUCCCAGCACCGAACCACCCCUUCCAGCAAUGGGCUUGGUAGACUCCAGCCAGGUAACAUUUCCACCGAAUGGAUGAACCACAUAGAUAUGAAUGAAUCCCAAUACAAUGAGAUGUUUGGCAUGAUCCCACAGGUAGUCCAUGCUCACCCCGGCGGCCCUCAGCAAGGAAGUCUGAGUCAAACAGAUGUGAAGCAUGUGGGAGUCUCCAGGGAGACACUGCCCCCUAUUAUGACUUUCCAGCUGGUUCCCAAAAGUGGUAUGAACCAGCAGGUCCUGGCGCAACAGGCCCAGUCCAACUGCCCUCAGAAUGUAGCUGGUCCUCUUAGUUCAAUGUACCAGAUAACACCAGAUCUAGCUCAGCUGCCAAGUGCCUCCUUUCCCGUGGCAGUAAUUCCUCAGCAGGAUGGGCAGGUCGCUCAGACAAUCCUCCCAGCCUAUCACCAGUUCCAGAGCUCAAUGGGAAAGUAUCCCACUCCGCCGUCACAGCACAGCUACACCUCUUCCUCUGCCACGGAGAGGACUCCCAGCCAUAACAGGCACUUGCAAGGGGAGCACCCGUAUCUGACGCCAUCUCCCGAAUCUCCCGAUCAGUGGUCAAGCUCCUCCCCGCACUCUGCCUCAGAUUGGUCUGAUGUGGCGACCAGCCCCAGCCAUGGUAGUACCCAACGUGGUCCGGUAGCGCGAAUGUCAGAGCAGCAGCGGAACAACAUGCAGGUAUAUGCAUGAAGAGCUUUGAAUGGUGGCAGAAGCUAAGUGGACUCCAGUACCAAUGAAGGUCUUCCAGGCGGGAAAUGAAGAACCCUUUCUUUUUUUUUUUUAGUGCUCAAGAGUCUUAAUGAGCCUAGUUCUGUUGGAAGGACCUUGAUGGCUGUAGGUUUUACAGUUCCCUAAUGAGAGAAUUGUGGAAGCUAAUAAUGGGGAAGUGGGUUGUACCUAACCAGUUUUCCAGCUAGUGCAUGAUUUGCUCCCAACACUAGAUUCCCCAGGUGUUGUCCAGUCUUUGCAUUUCAGUGCAUUCCACUAUUUCCCUUGGGACACUAUUCCUCAGGAGCUUCACAGUUAAGUGUUUCCUGAAAUUCAUCUUAAACUAGUUUUGUAAUUUUAUUGUUACUCGUCUUACACCCUUUGUUACUGCUCUUAAAUUCCUCUCUUCUCCCCUGCUUCUGCUUUAGUCCUCCAGGAGGGCAAGCAUCUGACUUUUAACUUGGCUCCGAGAUGGCACCCACAAGUACCUCUUCCUACUCUUCCACUUGGUGGACCCCCUCUUGCUUAGUAACCAAAACAGGCCCUCAUGCUCAUGUGAGACAAGUGUCCGGAGCUGCCUUCUCUAAACCCCUACUGCACAAAUCCCCUGUUUUAAGGUGCCUGGUCCCUCCUAUAUGAACAUGUGUACAUCUUCCAGCUUCCCAGCUGCCAGUCCCAUAAAUCUCCUCAGAUAAAUCUGCGUGUCCUUGCACGUCUCUCUAAGUCUAUGAUCAAAGUACUGGUCUGACAUGGUUCCCUCAGCUGUCACCUCCAGAUAUUUGUCUUCCAAACUUUCCUUGAGAUGUCUGACCUCUUUGACACACUAGCACACUAACACAUCCCCCCCACCCCUCAUGCGAGUGCCACAUCUGUCUGUGCUAGCCCUCUGAGGUACCAAUUUGUUAAGAGGAGUUCUGGAAAUGAAACCAUCUUCUAAGGAAACCCUCAGUUUAAAGCUGAGAAACUUUUGACCUAAUACCCGAACUCCCAACAUUACUACAGUGUCCCAGCUAAGAGUAAUGCACUUUUGAAUAUAGUUGUCUUGAACCCUUCAAAUUUAGCAUCUUGUCCUCUCUUAAAGGGACCCUCGGUCCUGGGGUAGAGUACACUGCCCCCUGAUAGCCACUGGAGGUGAUCUAGGCACACCCUGAUGCUGCACAUGUGGUGUUGCCUGCUGCUGCAGAGCUUCAGUUAAUGGCGCCGUAUCUAAAACUCGGCAGCUGGUUUCAGUAGCUGACAAGCAGUUUCAAAACCAUUCCUCUGACACAGCUUAGUGAGUGACAUUUGGGGCCGGAGUCUGUGAUGCACCUCAGGACAUAUCAGAAACCCCUGCCUGGGGAGCUGUUGCAGGACUCUAGUGGGAUUUUUAUUGCCGCUUGCCUUAAAUAUGAGUAGGUUACAGACCCCAAUUUUCAUUGGCUUUCACUGGACAAGAGAGCUUUUUUGCCUGUGUCUGAAUCUGUGCACUGUCCGGCUAGAACAAUGCUUUUGUGAGGGGCUCUGGACAAAUCACGGGGAGAAGUAUAAAUGUUUUAGGAACUGCUUUAAUUCUACCUCUUUAGGAGAACCUGGCAAAUGAACAUUCCAAAGAGACCUUGAGCGCUUUAUGCUGCCAUGAAAAGACAAGGAUCCCGCUCUUCUCCGAGCAGCCAUGUCUUGGCAAUUAACCAUAUGCAGUAUUUCUUUAAGUGAUGAUGCUUUUAAUUCUAGAUGAGAGUAAAACUGCAUUUUCUUUUGAUUCUGACUCAAUGGUACAUGAAGGCAGGGCCUUUGCACGAAUCAUUCCCUGGGCCACAUUUUUGGGCUGAAGAAUUUUUCUUUCUCUCUCUCUCUUUUUUUUGGAUUCUCCUAUUCUUGCAUUUUUUGCGAUGCGCACAGCAUUCCUUGCUGCACCAAAUGAGGUGUGUACUGUGAAGUAGAUGCAACUGACUCGGAUUUCCAGGCAGAAGCCCUCAGACUUCGUGGAGGUCUUGGGACUUGUAUGUUUUAUCGCAGAUAAUCAAGGGUAGCAAAAUUAUUGCUGAAGAAACCAAGGGCUUUUUACCUUUCUGCCCCAAAUAUCCAAGUGCCUUUUAAUAUUCGGUGGCCAUGGCAAGGCAAGCAUGCUCUUUCCACAGAACGAAGCCGGUUUUGCACCUGGAGGGAGAGGGGUAAUAUGAUGGCCCUUUCUGCCGCUUUCAUACAACUUUUGUAAAGGUGAUGAUACCUCCUUGGAUGGUAUUUGAUUGCCUAAGCCUGUAGAGUAACUAUUCACACAGCAGCAUUUUCCUGUAUUAAUAAUAGAAAAUAUGUGCUUAUUUUUACAUUUUUAUAAAAAUCUUUUAUGAAAAUAGCUGUUGCACCAUGUAUAAGCAUUUUUAUCCCCCAAAAUAAACAGUACAUGUCCAGCC